UUUUGUUUACAAAAAAAACCGGCUUCAGUUUUUAUAAAAUAAUACGAAAAACAAUUCACUAUGAGUCGCACGGAGCAAACCUUCGACGACCUGAAAUCGUACUUCCGGAGCCACAGCAAAAUCCGCGAGCAGCGGGCGCACAUGUCCAAGGUUCACUCGGUUUGCUGGAACGCCGAUGGUCGCCACCUGGCCUCCGGAUCCUUUGACAAGACGGUGGCGGUCUACUCCCUGGAGCGCGAUCGCUUCGUGAAGGGCAGCAUUUACCGCGGACACACUGGAUCCGUGGACCAGCUGUGCUGGCAUCGCACCAAUCCCGACCAGUUUGCCACCGCCAGCGGGGACAGAACCGUGAGGAUCUGGGACAUACGGGCUGGGAAGUGUGUUUCGGUGACCAAUACCAAGGGCGAGAACAUCAACAUAGCCUGGUCGCCGGAUGGCAAGACAAUCGCCGUGGGCAACAAGGAGGAUCUGAUCACGUUUAUAGACACGCGCACUAAUAAGAUUCGCGUGGAGGAGCCCUUCAGCUUCGAGGUCAACGAGAUAUCGUGGAACAACACAAAUGAUCUGUUCUUCCUGACCAAUGGAUUGGGAUGCAUGCAUGUGCUCAAUUACCCCAGCCUGGAACACCAGAUGACUCUGAAGGCGCAUCCCGCCAACUGCAUUUGCAUAGAGUUCGGACCAACGGGUAAAUACUUUGCCACCGGCUCUGCGGAUGCCCAAGUGUCUCUGUGGGACGCCAACGAGCUGGCCUGCCUGCGCAUGAUCAGCCGCCUGGAGUGGCCCGUUCGCACCAUUUCCUUCAGCCACGACGAACGGCUGAUUGCCUCGGCCAGCGAGGAUCUGAUCAUAGACAUUGCCUUCACGGAGACGGGCGAACGUGUGACCGACAUCCACGUAGAGGCCUCCACCUUUACGGUGGCCUGGCACCCGAAGCAAUACCUUCUGGCCUACGCCUGCGACGAGAAGGAUAGCGAAAGGCGACGGGACGCUGGCAACGUUAAGAUAUACGGCUUUCCGGAAUAAACACCCUUAGUUUAAGGCUCCUUUUGCUAG